GUUUUAUGAGUUAGUGUUAGGUUUAUGUUUGUUCUGGAAAUGAGACGGCAUACAGAAGGUUUUAUAGGCCCCAUACUUUGAAGGUUGUAUACUAACGGCUGACAUCAGAGAAUAUGGUGUCAAGGAGGUAUUGGAUCCAUCUAAUUCUGUGGACCGUGUUUAUGGUUCUUUUGAUCAUCAUCUACUGGAACGUUAUGGGAACAUCAGCCACCUUUUAUCUGCACAGUGCCACAUCUACCCUCCAUGUCAGACAGCAGCUAGAGGGAGGUCAUCAGAAGACAGAGCUAGCGGACAAAGAACCUUCAUUCCUGUCAGUCAGCGAUGCCUUUGUCAACCAGUCCCUGGCUGGGAGGAACGCUCAGCACCAGCCCGAACCAUCUAAGUCAGACAAAGUCCUUCUCAGGCGUGAGUGGAAAAAUAAUUUGAGCGCUAUUGCACAGAAGCUCAAACAAAGGCAAAGGGAGCGUAAGGACACGUUGCGUAGUGCCUGCAGUGCCAAUAGCGCAUUAAUGUUCCCCGGCAAGAAUCGGAAGUUUGACGACAUUCCCGACACGGAAUUGAAAAACUUCAUUGUGGACGACCAUCACAAGAUCAUCUACUGCUUUGUGCCAAAGGUGGCCUGCACCAACUGGAAGAGCGUCAUGGCUGUGUUGAGUGAGAGACGGGUUGGUGGUGUGGUUUACCAUAACCCCCAGAAGGUUCCCGGCGACACGAUCCACACAAACAACCUGCUCCUCACCUUUGACCAGUUCAGGAGGCGCUACGGCAGCUCCUCACGGCGCAUGAUAAAGACCAAGCUGCAGAAGUACACCAAGUUCCUGUUUGUCAGAGACCCCUUCGUCAGGCUCAUCUCCGCCUUCCGGAACAAGUUUGUGGAGAACAAUGACGUGUUUUACAAGCAGUACGCCAGGGGUAUGCUUCAAAAAUACGGAAAGUGCCCCAAGCCUCCAGCUUCAUUUAGGCAAGCCUUGGCGGCUGGUAUUAGGCUGAAAUUCUCUCACUUCAUCCAGUACCUUCUGGACCCCGAGACGGAGAAGAGGGGUCCCUAUGACCCCCACUGGAGACAGGUACACCGCAUGUGCCACCCGUGCCAGAUCAACUAUGACUUUGUGGGCAAGCUGGAGACACUGGACGAGGAUGCUGAGCACCUGCUGCGGAUUCUGCGUGUGGACAAUGUGGUCAGAUUCCCUGUGAGUGGUCGGAACCAAACCAAUAGGAACUGGGAGCAGGAGUAUUUCGCCGGCGUUCCUUACAAGUGGCGGAGACAGCUCUACAAAUUGUACGAAGCCGACUUCAGACUUUUUGGAUAUGACAAACCUAAGGAACUUAUGUGAGUGAAACUCAAGAAACAAAAAUAGUAUUGCAGAAAUGAAUUUUAAAAAAUCUGCAAAAUCUAGCAAGAGAACAACAUAAUAAUAAUUAGAAACACUCCCAUGCCUGUAGUAUGAUAUAACACUUUUCAAGUCUUUCUGCCUUGUUUUUGUGGAGUUAGAAACUGAAAUGUCAAAAUCCGCCAUAUCCCGCAAUUGGGAAUAGUCUUUUAAAAAAUUCCUGGAUUCGAAUGGAUCACCAAAACGUCACCAAAAAAUCACUUGUUCCUUUUGUCAUUUCUAAAAGCUCCACAAAAUUACAUCACAAUCCGGUCAUAACUUUCUGAGUUGUGCUGCUGACAGACAGACAGACAGACAAACAAACA